UAAAAAAUAAAAAAAGAAUAUUUCAUAGGAUAUCUGUUUUUCACAUACGCAACAAAAUGCCGAACAGCCAAUUUUACUGUCCGAGGCCACUGGGACUCUGGGAUAGCCAUGACCCGAGACGCCGGAAAACCCCUUGGGAACGCCAUAUCGCCGGCGACCGAGAAAACAGAUUUACCCAAAACCACCGGAAAGUGCAGAAAACGAAAACCCGAAUCAGACCCAACAAGCAAAACCGACGAUCGGAGUCCGUACGCGAAGCUCCUCUCCGAACCGCUCCUCCGCCGCCUAUCUGCCGCCGCCACCGCGGCCGACUCCUUCCUCCGCCGCAACGAUCUCCUCCUUCUCCCUUCUCAGUGUCUCUCCCUCGAAGCCCUCCUCUCGUCUCUGCCCAUCUCUCCCUCGCCUUCCUCCUCGUUCUCCUCCACCGCGUGGUUCCAUCGCUUCCUCUCCUCCGCAUCCUCAGACGACGGCGAUCCACGGUGGCAUCAUUGCUUCCGCAUGUCUCGGCCGACGUUCCUCCGCCUCCUAUCGUCCCUCUCUCCUCCGCCGGAAGAGCACGCUCUCGCCGCCGCGAUUUUCCGCCUCGCUCAUGGCGCUUCCUACAAGUCCGUCGCUCGCCGAUUCGGCUUCAGCUCUUCCGCCGACGCUUCCCGCGCUUUUUACACCGUGUGCAAGCUCAUCAACGAGAAACUAGGGGAAAUCAACAAAGACGACCCAAAACCCGAUUUCUCGCCUCGCUCGCUCCUUAAUUGCUGCGGCGUUCUAGGGUUUGCGAGAUUCGAAAUCGACGGAGAGCUUCUCGGGCCAAAUGGAUCGAUUCUUGUCCAAGCAUUGGUCGAUUCCACCGGUAGAUUCGUCGAUAUCUCCGCCGGAUGGCCGAGCACAAUCAAGCCCGAAACCAUUUUCCGGCAGACCAAGCUGUUCUCGGUUAUGGAGGCAGAAUCUCGAAGCUUCCUGAACGGUCCUUCGCACAAACUGGGUAAUGGAGUCUAUGUACCUCAGUACAUUGUGGGUGAUUCUCGUUUUCCUCUAUUACCAUGGCUUAUGACUCCUUAUAGCUCAUCUUCGAACGAGGAAGAGGAUAGUUUCGAAUCUUGUCGUAGUGAAUUCAACAAUGCACAUAAGGCUGUAGUUCGUAAGGCGGGCACUGCGUUCGCCAGUGUUAGAGAUAGGUGGCGAAUUCUCGACAGGAAAUGGAAGCAAGAAAUGGUUGAGUUUCUACCUUUCGUGAUCACAACCUGUUGCUUGUUGCAUAACUUUCUGGUGAGUUGCGGAGAGAAUGCGCCUGAUAACAAUGCCGGUGAUAGCGGUUGGAUGUGGAUGAGGGACGACGAGGAAGAAGAGGAGGAGACUCGAGAAUUCAGAGAAGAAGAUCUUGACGCGAGGAGAAUCAGGGAUGCAAUUGCUGAGAACUUGAGCCGGGUGUGUUCGAGAAGGUAAACUUUUAAAUCUAACAAGCUCGCGUUUUUAUGAUC